AUGACUUUUUGGGCAGAUCCAUUCACGGAUGCACAUGGUCAGAACUCAGGCCCCGGGGCAAAGGAAAUAACUGCAUAUUCGUGUACAGCAACGCGCAAUGGUUGCACGAGCCUUACGACUGUUCAGGGAUUGAAAAAGGAGUUCAGCUACAGCAAGAUACUUAAGGACCUCAAGGAGUUUUGCUGCAAUGGUACCGUUGUCCGGGAUCCAGAGUUGGGCCAGGCUAGAAAACAAUGGGAGGAUUCUAAUGAGAUAGCUCGUUACUUGGAGAGCUGUAAGACUGCCAAAGCAAUUCUAGAUAAGCAAGAAGACAUGUUCGGAGGCCAAGCUACCUUGGCUUGA